UGAUGUUUGCCAUUGCUGCCAAACGUGCUUCCAGAGUGAUCUUUUCACCAUCCAUCUCUUCCGCCGCCAUCUUCAUAACAACCAGUCCCAUUCCGACCCUCUACCGCACAGUCACCAUGUCUGCCACUCCUGUCUUCUCCAAGGACGCCGCUCCUCCUGCCGGUCCCUACUCUCACGCCAUCAAGACCCCCGCUGCCAUCUACUGCUCUGGCCAGAUCCCCUGCGACUCUGAGGGCAACCUCGUCGAGGGUACCAUCCAGGAGAAGACUGCCGCCUGCAUCAAGAACCUCAAGGCUGUCCUUGAGGCCGCUGGCUCGUCCAUCGAGAAGGUCGUCAAGGUCAAUGCCUUCCUUACUGACAUGAGCAACUUUGCUGCCAUGAACGAGGAGUACUCCAAGUGGUUCACCCACAAGCCUGCUCGCAGCUGCGUUGCUGUUUACCAGCUUCCCAAGGGUGUCGAUGUUGAGAUUGAGUGCAUUGCCCUCCCCUAAAUGCACAGGCAGCAAGCAAGUGAAAACAGGGAAGCAGCGUUGUUUUCGUCAGCUACAAAUGAGAGAUGAGUGAAAUCAACCUGAUGACGGC